AACUAGCUCAACAGUCAUUAGCACAAAGUUCAGUGACCAAGUGGUGCAAGAAGCGGCGACGGGACGAGAGGGAGCGUUCUCGCAGAGGUUUAGUGUUUAAAUCGGCAGCAGCAGCAAAAUAAAGACGGCCAGGAAUCGACUGGGGAAGAAACACCACUCUUUGCAGGUUGUGUGGUCGUAGAUGGAUUAUGCCAUGAAGUCUCUCAGCAUUCUCAGUCCGACCUCCCUCUCAAAGUGCGUGACGGCCAGCGCGUCCAUGACCCAGCAGCUCCUCUCGGGUCGGUCCCCCCGGCCCAGGCCCUUCAGGGUCACGAACGCCGACCGCAGCGUGAAAAAGGGCAUCAUGGCCGACACGCUGCGGGACCUGAUGGACAAGGUCACCGACUCGUUGAACGUGUCGUGCGCUGGAGCCCUGGUGCUGGACGAGGACGGCACGGGUGUGGACACGGAGGAGUUCUUCCAGACGCUGGCCGACAGCGCUGUGCUCAUGGUGCUGGACAAAGGGCAGAAGUGGACCCCACAUCACAACGGCACCCCCCGGAACCAGCUCAGCGAGCACCGGAAGCAGCACCGGACGGAUUUGGCCAAGGUGACCUUUGACCUUUACAAGAACAACCCCAAGGAUUUCAUUGGCUGCCUGAACGUGAAGGCGACUCUCUACGGCGCUUAUUCCGUGUCCUACGACCUGCGCUGCUACGCCGCCAAGAAGGUGCUCAAGGAGGCGCUGCGAUGGACCAUCUUCUCCAUGCAGGCCACGGGCCACAUCUUGCUGGGCUCCUCCUGGUACAUCGAGCAGCUGCUGGAGGAGGAGGAGCAGGCGGAGAAGAGGCUGGCGCUGCCGCGGGAGAGCCGCAUCCGGCAGCUGCAGAGCCUGCUGAUGGGGAGGAGCUCCCACUGAGGACGAGCUCCCACUGAGGACGGCCUGGAGCUGGAGCCCAGCGUCCGACGUUGGGCUCAACAAGGCGCAGAUGUUACGUCGACGUCGAGGUGAUCUUUACCCGACUAAGUCCUGGUUUCCUGUGUGUUUUGGGAACAUGGCGUUGGAACAGUCUCUCCUCGCAGUCACCUGCUCUGUUACAUUGUUUGUGUCUCAUGAAUGUAGAAACCAACACCGCAUGUUCCUUAGAAAGCACUUUUACUCACACUUGUCAUUUCCCUUCCCUGUUGAGAUGAAUAAAUAAAACUAACCCUUUUUUUA